AUGUCAGUCGAUGGGGAUGACACGAAUCUUCCUCCGGUUGUUCGCGAUGCCCUUCGCGUCUGUCUGAGCGCCAAAGAAUACAGGUUCCUCCACAACUCGGCAAUCAAGCACGCCCCGGCCGUCCAAAGCAAGGUCCCUUCGCCGUCCCGAUAUGACGCUAUUGUCCGCUCGAAGAACCGGCAUGGCGAGGCCGCCGUGCGCGCGUCUCUGCGGGUGUUUUUUGGGUCCGGAAUCGUGCUGAAGCUGGCGGAUUCGAUUGUUAGUCGGAUACAAGGCGCCGCAGCAAAGAAGAAAACCCGCACGCCACUCCUCCAGUCCCCCAAAUUCCGGCUCUCAAUCUCUCUCUCCCUGCUACUCCUCCUCCACCGUCUGCUCUAUCGCUUCCUCGUGCGGCUGCGCGCUAACCUGCGUACCGAUGACGCCCAACCUUUCCGCGACCGCAACCCGCGCAUCUCGCGCGCGCUGACCUCGCGCUUUGCACCGGCGGUCGGGGCCAGUUUGGCGGGGUUUGCCUUGGGGAUUUGCCCGCAAGACCAGUUCCGGCUGACUGCGGCCAUCUAUAUGAGCACGCGCAGCUUGGAGUUUCUGUUUAAUGUCGUGGACUUGAAGGGCUGGAUGGAUAAGCGUCCGUGGUGGUUUGGGAGCUGGCUGCUGAUGCCGGUUUCGUGUGCGCAGCUUUUCCAUGCCUUUGUGUUUGAUCGAGAGACGACCCCUAAGUGGUUUGGAAAUGUCAUUCUGAGACUCUCUCCGAGCUAUAUCCAAGGCCGACCGGACUCGCUGCCGAUCAACGUGCCUUGGCCGGAGAAGGACGAGAUUGUGGAUUCGCUGGCCUCCAUUGCAGAUUUGCGUUGGCCGGCAUUUGUCUCGCCCAUCCUCCACCCGGCUGACGCCAACACGUUACCGUCGUCGGUGAAAUCCAUCGCUCCAAUCACCGGCCCCGCGCACCCUGCUAUCUCGAGUCUUUCCUGUGCCCUCCUGCACCCAGGUCUGCCGAACUGCAGCACAGCCUUCCUACACCACAUCCUCCUCUCGGUGCCACCACUGGCCCGGUUCCUGACGACCGUGACAUUGGCACUUUCCAUUCCUAAGAUUAAGGGAAUUCUCUUGCAGCCUAUCUCGUCGGCAAACCAACUGUCUAAGCGAAUUAUUACGAUGACAGCGGUUCUCUCCGCCGCCAUCGGGUCUGCCUGGGGCAGCGUCUGUCUCCUAAACAGCACUCUGCCCCGCUCGACACUACCCAAUAAACGCUUCUUCCUGAGCGGGGCCCUGGGUGGCCUGCCGUUCUUGUUCCUGGGGAACAGCCGCGGCCCUUUCCUGUACUUCUUCCGCGCCGCCAUCGACUCGGCGUACAAAACCGGCGUCAAGCGCGGCCUGUGGAAGGGUCGCCGCGGCGGCGAACUGUGCCUGUUUGUGCUCUCGUGGGCGCUCAUGGGCUCGAUUCUUGAGGCGCGGCCAGAGGCGGUUCAAGGUGCUGGGUUGCGCAAGGGCUUGGCUUGGUUGCGGGGAGACGGUUUUGUUGAUCCGGAGCUUGUGGCUCAGCGUAAGGCGCGUCGGGUACGGGAUCAGGAGAAGCGUGGGUAA